AUAUCUUAUAAAACAAUGAUUCCUGAAAUAGAUUUCAAGUAUUUUUUUCUUAUUAAUUUUGUAUUAAAAGCAGAUAGCGUUCCAAUUGACAUAGAUUUGUCUAAAUCAGCGGGAAAAUACGACAUUGAUGCACAUUUGAAUUUCGAACAUGUCAAAAAUAUUUGUUCGAAUAGUGUUGCGAUUUGUAAAAGCAAUGAUUCGAAUGUUUGUGCCACGAGAUUAUAUAAUGACAAAAUGGAAUACGAAGAUUAUGAAAAUUCCUGCUUUUUAUUCAUAAAUAAUAUGUGUCAUAAUUAUGGAAAUGAAUUCUCGAUUAUUUCGACCGGAUCGUGUUCGGAUUAUUUCAAAUACAGAAGAAGUGAUGUCACCGAAGAUAAAAAGAAUAUUAAAACUGCCAGUGAUAAAACUAUGACAGUUGUCAUUUCAAAUACUACUUCUUCUUCUUCGAGUGCCACUCCGACUAGCGAAGUGACAAAAAAACCAAUAAAACGUUCUGAAACAACAAUGAGCACUCUAUAUGAUAUAGACACAGCAUUUGACUUUCACAUGUGUCCUCUGUCAUGUCCCAACGUCUACAGCCCAGUGUGUGUCGGCGUGAAUCGUGGCUACGGGCUGUAUUACAAAUUUUAUACGUUCGUUAAUCACUGCUCGGGAGAUUUGUAUUAUUGUAAAAACUGGAGGGAGUUCAGCCCGCCACCUGACGAAGAGGAGAUGGUGAAGAGUUCACCAUUGAGCUGGUCGUAUUGCGCUGCAAAUAGUACGUCAGGAGGCUGUAUGCUGAUACAUUCAAUUCGCACGAUUCUCGGAAAUGACGUCAUCGAUGGGUCAUUAUGGAUGGCUGGCUGGUGAUCACAAGUCAACUCAUAUUUUAGAGCCGCACGAGCGAAUACCGGGGUACGGAUGACGAUAAUAAACAAAAUUAUAAUUUA